GCGACUCUCGACCAGCUACAGACUACAGUAUGCCUCAUGGUCACUGUAAGCAGCGCUCCACUCUAGACGCGCAUCUCUGCCCUUCCUUUCUUUGACUCUAUCUUCCAAGUAUGCCUGACACCAACAAAGUCCGAUCAAUGCUGUCCUGCGUAGCUCGGCAGAGUUUAGUCUGCCAAGCAAAUGAACAGUCUGCCAAGCAGAUGGACAGCCGACAACCUCAAUCUUGACUCUAUCAGAGCGAAGCAAGUAGCGCGUCUACUUGCUCUUACAACAGGUGAUCAGCAUGCUAGAGCCUUGCUCAGUGCUUUUGAUCCAAGACUUUUCCCCGAGUCAUUCACGGAACCAGCUCAGCAGCCUUGAACUGGCAAAGCAGCAGGCACAACCAACAACAGACUCAUGGCUUGAUCUGACAACGUCUUUAUCUCGUUCGAUACACUGCGCUACUCAAACGCAUUCAGGAAGAUGAUCUUGACCAAUUCGAUCGCCUUGCACACGAUACUGGCAUGAUCAAGGCAUCAACACGACUACGACGUGUGUCCGUGGAUGGUUACAAGCUUACUGGGUUGCAGGCUGUCGAAAUCAUUCGCAAAGCAUUGUCGAGCCAGGUAAGUUAGUACCCAUUCACGAAGCAAGGUCGCGUUCAGUGAGCAGACGCAUGAAGCGUCUGAGGUUGACGACAAUGCGAUAGUGAGCUAUGGGAAAGUUCACUUUCUAUUUGAACACGAUGGCGGGCAUUUUGCGAACAUCAAGGUCUUGAAGACCAUGUCGUUCUGCGACACAAAGUCUCUUAGCAAGCAAGGACACAUAUUGCAGGUCAUUGUGCGGGUCUGCCGUCUUUUUGAACCAAUUGGCCUAUUUGAGAGAACAGAGCUCGACAAGAAAAGAGCAGGC